CCAGGAACGUGGUUGAGAACCAUUGGUCUAGAGUAACAUAUUAUAAAGAUAUUAUAUUACAAUCUUUUAAAAUUAGAUAUUGUAUAUAAUAUAACAUAAUAUCUGAUAUUAUUAAGCCUGACCGUGUCUGUAUUUGAGUGGCACCUAAUAAAUGAACUACUGUACAGAGAACUGCGAGGACUCUUAUUUUGACGAGUUGUUGUUCAGUCGCCAUCUUGGAUGGUUGUGUCUGGCUUCAGGCGCGCGCUGAACAGAUCCGGAAACCUCGGUCCGAGAUAAACUGACGGAAUGGCGGCGAUCCGUAAGAAGCUGGUGAUCGUUGGAGACGGUGCGUGUGGGAAGACCUGUCUGCUCAUCGUCUUCAGUAAAGACCAGUUCCCCGAGGUCUAUGUGCCCACCGUCUUCGAGAACUACGUGGCCGACAUCGAGGUGGACGGCAAGCAGGUGGAGCUAGCGCUGUGGGACACGGCGGGUCAGGAGGACUACGACCGGCUGCGACCGCUCUCGUACCCAGACACCGACGUCAUCCUCAUGUGCUUCUCCAUCGACAGCCCCGACAGCCUGGAGAACAUUCCUGAGAAAUGGACUCCGGAGGUCAAGCAUUUCUGCCCCAAUGUUCCCAUAAUCCUGGUGGGCAACAAGAAGGACCUGCGCCACGACGAACACACGCGCCGGGAGCUCUUCAAGAUGAAGCAGGAGCCCGUCAAACCGGAGGAGGGCCGAGACAUGGCCAACCGCAUCUGUGCCUUCGGAUACAUGGAGUGCUCCGCCAAAACCAAGGAUGGUGUGCGGGAGGUGUUCGAGAUGGCCACCAGGGCGGCGCUGCAGGCCCGCAAGGGCAAGAAGAACAACAAGUGCCUGCUGCUGUAAACAGACUGUGCUCACCUCCAUUUUAUUCCUUUUAACUGAAUCAGUUCACCUAGUGUUGAGAGUUUAUGUCAGUAUUUAACGUUUCUGUUAGUACACCUUUGAAUUCACCACAUUCAGACUCUGCGGAAACACAAAUAUGCAACGACGACUUCGAGAAACAACAGAUCAGGACCAAGGUGCACUGCACACCUGCGGACGAGACUUGAAAUGCAUUAUUUUGUCUUUCACAAUCAGUAGAAUUUGGUAUGUUUGUGUAUUAAAGCCUUUAUAAGACGUG